AACGAGUGACUCUUCUUCCUUCUUCUUCUUCUUCUUUUGUUUCUUUUUUUUUUCUGCGUAGGCAAAGAGAGAGAGAGAAAAGCGUGAAUCAUGUCGGACGAAGAGCAUCACUUCGAUUCUCAGGCGGAUGCGGGAGCGUCCAAGACGUAUCCUCAGCAGGCUGGUACCAUUCGCAAGAAUGGCUACAUCGUCAUCAAAUCCAGGCCUUGCAAGGUUGUAGAGGUCUCUACGUCAAAGACAGGCAAGCAUGGACAUGCAAAGUGUCACUUUGUUGCAAUUGAUAUUUUUAAUGGGAAAAAGCUUGAAGAUAUUGUUCCAUCAUCCCACAACUGUGAUGUUCCACAUGUGAAUCGCACUGACUAUCAGCUUAUUGAUAUCUCUGAAGACGGCUUUGUGAGUCUGUUGACUGAUAAUGGAAAUACCAAGGAUGAUCUGAAGCUUCCUACUGAUGAGGCAUUGCUUGCUCAGAUUAAAGAUGGAUUUUCUGAAGGAAAAGAUCUUGUGGUUUCUGUUAUGUCUGCAAUGGGAGAAGAACAGAUCUGUUCACUGAAGGACAUCGGUCCCAAAAAUUAAUAUGAUGCUAUGGCUGUAGCUAUAGCUGAUAGCACGCUUUUUCUUCUUAUGUUGCUAACAGGUAGUAUAUUCUCCGAUACAUGUGUGCAAAAUAAACUUCAUAAGAUGGAAAUUUGCCUGUGCUUGAAACUCAAAUGCUUGGGAUAGAAGAAAUUGAGCUAAGUUUAGCUUUUGUCCAUUAAUUAAGGAACACAACGGUCUUGGGUGGAUGAAAUUCUCAUAAACAUCUCAUAUUAUUUGUUUUUGUUGAGUUUAAUAUAUAACCCUAUUUGUUCUCUGCACUGAAUAAUACUGUACUGAAUUUCUGAAACACGUGGUUAACCGGAUAUUGCCCAAAGAUUUGAUAUGAUGAAUUUAGCCAUCUUAAUUUGGGAUCAGAUGGUAAAAUUUUACGGCUUUAACUAUAA